AUGUGUGAACUGGGCUUCAUGAUCGCCUCGACGGCCGCCGCCCUGGGAAGCGCCGCCCUGCAGAUGCAGGCGCAGAGCCAGCAGGCGGCGGCUCAGCGCGCCUCCCUCGACUAUCAGCGCCAGGUCUCGGAGAACAACGCCCGGACCUCCGAAGCGCUGGCGGAGGAUGCGCGCCAGCGCGGCCGUGCGCAGGAGCGGGCGCAACGCUUGCAAACCCAGCAGCUGCUGGGCCGGCAGCGCGCCGUGCUGGGCGCCACCGGACUGCAGGCGGACAGCGGUUCCGCCCUGGGCAUCCUGGGCGACACGGCGGCACUGGGCGAACUCGAUGCCCUGCAGAUCCGCGACAACGCCGCGCGGGAAGCCUGGCGGUUCCAGGUGCAGGCCUCCAACGAUCAGGCUCAGGCGGGUCUCCUCGGACUGGAGGCCGGCAACGUUCAGGGGGCCUCUCCGGCGCCUCUGCUGAGCGCACUCGGGACCGUCUCGAACCGUUGGCACGGCUACGGCCGCGACAAUGGUUGGCAGUCGGUUGGCGCUUCACUCGACCCUGCCGCUUCGCCGCCGGUGGACGCCGAGACGACUCUGGAACCGGUGACGCCGCUUGAUGCAGCGGUCGGCGGCGGACUACCGGGUGAGUUUCGCGCGACGGCAGCGACGUCGGCCGGAGUCGGCGCCGGUCCGAGUAAAGGCCUGGCGGCCGCCUCGGUUGCCGCCCCGGUGAGGCCUACGACGCCUCGGCCGGAUCCGGAGUGGGAGGCAGCACUGGCCCGGGCGCGCUGGAUCGCGCGUCUGGGCGUGCGCAGGCGGCGUCCCGACGGCACGCGCGAAGACUGGCUGGAGCCGGCGCAGCGCGCCGAGCUGGAGCGGCGCGGGCGCCUGCGCCUGGCGUUCUAUAAGGCGGCCGACGCCUUUGCCGCGCGCGAGGGCCGCGCGCCGGACAAGUCCGAACAGCGCUGGCUGCUCGCGCAGUCGCUGGCCGAGGAAGAUGCGCCGCAGGGCCGGAGUGCGGCAGCGUUUUUCGUCCAAGGCGAUUCUGAACAGGCUCGGAGCUACUUUCGCCACACAGCGGUAGCCGAGCUUGGGGAACCCGAGGACAAGCUGCUCCCCGACGUACUGUCGGCUAAUGCCGCUCUCCUGCGCACAGGUUCCACGCCGUCAAACCUCGCAGAUGCGCCGACGGCUACCGCGCCUCCUAAGAGCAUCCGAGCUUCUGAGACCGCUAGUGGCCUUAAAACGAGGCGGCCAUACCUUGGCGUUUCGCCCGCAGUUGCGGACGAUCAGCCACUGCAUAUAAACGAGGAUAUUGAUCAUAGCGUCUCAGUAGAUGAUCGACGCGCCGAUAGAGAGAACGACGGCAGAGCAGAGAUACCCGAUGCGUCGAUGUCGCCCCUACCAGAGGUCGAUGAGAGUCGACAAGAAUCAAUUCUUUCUGUUGAUUCCAUUGAGCUUGUGAGUUUUCAGGCUGCCCUUAGAGAUCUUGACUUUGACGAGAAUGGAGCCAGCACCGCAUUUGAUCUUAUUGAGCUUAUCGGUCUCCGGCGGGCUUGGUCAGCCCGCAACAGCGGCAAAGACACACUGUCUCAUGUUGAGACUCGUUUCGAGGAAGAGAUUGCUAGAGCGGUAGAGCACCGAUUACCUGCAAGACGCAUUGAUGCUUAUCGGCAUGCCUAUUGGAGUUUCGUGAUGACCAGAGAUCUCGGAGCUGAGAUCGCGAAAGAGGUUGGCGAUACCCACGAGCGACGAGAGAGAAACCCCGAUAGAGAUUUGCUGAUGGAUCUAUACAACAAUCGAGUUGGGCGAGAGCUAGCGCUCGACCCGCGGAACGCUGGUCGAACGGCCGAUGAAGUUGUCGGUGAGGCGCUCGAGAUCAUGAGACUCAGAGUUCUUGCUCUCGGCUUCUUUCUCUUGCCCGCAGCCGGCGUUUUUGCGCUGGCGGCCACCAGCGUCUCUCUCUCCUGCUAUACCUACCGCUAUACCGUGGUGAACCUGACGAGAGGCGACAUUGAACUCUCCCUCAUCAACCUCGGCCAUGAACGUGCGCGCUUUUCCGUUCCUUACGUCGCGGGUGUCUUUGAGUUGGACGCACCGUUGUUCGGACAUUUCAGAGCUGUUGCUCGUCUUUCGAACGGCGAGACCGUCAGCUUGGAGGCGGAGCAGUACAUUUUUGUCGAAGACGGCAUGAAGGCCCUUUCGCGGGUCGAGGAGUUGGUCGUUGUCGUGACAGAGGAUGAAAUCCUCCUCCGGCAGCUUCGUUCGGGCCCCUUUACCGAUGGGGAGAAGAGUUUUCUGGACUCGCUCAAGGAAGAGAACUCCUUGUGGAGCGACCUGCAGAAAGCUGUGUGGACGCGCCUCGGCGAUCCCACCUCGGGCGCGAACUCUUCGCUCUUCAUGGGGAUCGUGCCCUCUUGCCCAGUCGUCGGCGGCUCCGGAGUUGAAGGGAGAUUCCCUUCGCACCCGGGCGCCUCGUACCCGCCCAAUGCCGGCGGGUCGCAGUUCUCUCUAAAGCUUUCCGGCACAUCCGAAUUCCCGACCGCGGCGUCGCCCAGGGGCCAGACCAUGGUCGAUGCCAAGACGUUGUAUCCGACGACCCCGGUUCGCCGGCCGGCCGACACCGGCCCCGGUGAAUACGACGAAAGGACGGGGCCGCUGGACCUGGCGGUUCGGGGCUUCAGGGACGAUCGCGCCGGUGCGGCUCUGUCUCUGGCCGGAAUGGCUGGCGAAGACGCCGGCGUUUCGGAGGCGCCGGGGCGGGGCGCCGGGGCGGCCGCCGAGGAAACCGUUCGGCCGGCAGCCGCCGAGACGUCGCUGGAACCGGCUGGCGAGACGGCGGAGCUGACGCCGGAGCAGCGCACGGCGCUGUUCUAUACGGCGCCCGACGGACCCGUGGCGACGGCGGGACAGGUCGCGCUGGGGCUCUCCGGCUUCUUCGACGGGCUGCAGGCUAAUCUGUCCGACGCGCCGGAGCGCCACGCGCAGGCCGCCGAGGCCGAACGCGCGCUGCCGGCGGCCCUGAGCGAGGCCGGUCUGGCCGCCGCGGACCUGCGCGAGCUGACCGGCCUGAUCGACGGCUACCUGGGUGAGAGCGGCGAGGCCGGGGAGAGGCAAGGACAGGCCGAGGAACGGGACAAGAGACAGGCGCGAGACUACGCCCGCGCCGAGGCGAAGCUGCGCGAGACCUUCGGGCCGCGCGCCGGGCCGCUGCUCGCCGAUGCCCGUGCCGCCGUGGCGCUGGUCGAGCGCAGGAGCCCCGGCUUCAAGGCCUGGUUGGACGCGACCGGCGCCGGCAACGACCCGCGCAUCCUGCGCGCCGCCAUCCGCGUCGCGAUCGCGCCGCUGCCCAACGCGCGCCAGCGGCUCAGCGUCUCGGCCGACACCUUCGGCGCCCAGCGCGCCCGGCGUCUGUCCCAGGGCGCGGAGGGGUUGGCCGACGCCGCCGAUGGGCUCGCCCGCGUGGCCUUCGAACGUCAGGCGGAGCGGAUCGAGGCCGAGGCCGAGGAGGCCUUAGCCCGCUGGCAGAUCGCGGCGACCGACACCCUGGCCGGCUAUCGCAGUCUGCAGGGCGGGGACGCGGUCGGCGCCUACGAGGCGGCGCGGGCGGAGCUGGACGGCCUGCAGGCCCGGAUCGGCCGCGAGCUUGGCGGCGGAUCCGGAAAGGGAUCUGGCCGGGACGGUGGCGGGCAAGGGGGCCGGGAACGGGGCCGGGGUCGGGCCCAUGCGCUCUACGCGCAGCAGGUCGCCAACCGGCUGCCGUCCUUCGCGGCCGGUCUGGAGCGGCACCGCGACGCCCAGUCCCGUGUCUACCGGACCGCGGCGAUGGAGGCCCGUCUGCAGUCUGCGGUCGCCGCCGGUCUGGCCGAUCCUUCGCUGGGUCCGGGGGCCGAGCUGGAGAUCCACGCCCUCGCCCGGCAGCAGGGCGAGACGCUGGGCCUGCCGCCCGAGACGGUGGAGGCCAUCGCGCUCGGCCAUAUCUCCCAGAUCCACCUCGGCAGGCUGGAGGGCCUGCUGGCCGAGGGGCGCGGCGCGGAGGCGCGCGUCUACCUGAAGACCUACGGGCCGGGGAUGACCGCCGCCGAGCGGCUGCGGCUCGACACCAAGACAAAAGCGGUCGAGCGCACCGCCGAGGUUAAGGCGCUCUACCAGGCUAUCGUCAGCGGCGGCCAGCUGCCCGCCUCCGCCAGAGAGCGGGGGGCGGCGGCGGACGAGGGUGCCGAGACGGGCCAGGGCCGUGGCAGCGAUCCCGGCGCGUCGCCCGCCGAUCCCGGACCGGAUGGUGUGACGCCCCAGGCGGUGCCUGCGCCCCCUCUCAGUCCCCCGACUACCUUCGGCCCCCGUGCGACGGCCGCCGAGGCGAAGGCAGCCGCGCAGGCGGAGCUUCUGGCCGGCAGUCCGCAGGCGGCGGCGCAUCGGCUUCACCUGGAGCGGAUGGAGCGUCUGGCUGAGGUGGAGACCGAGGACCCGCGUGUCCUCGCCGGUGCGGCGGACGAGCUGACGGCCGCCUAUGAACGCGAGACGGCGACACUGCAGGCGGACAAGGCGACGGCGCAGGCGGAGAUCGCACGGAGCCUGCGCGCCGGCACGGCCACGCCCGCGAGCCUGCCGCCGGACUUGGCGGCGGUGCUGAGCGAGGAGGAACGCGACGAACUGGAUGACUGGUGGCGGACCGGCCUGAGGGUCGAACCCGACGCGGCGCUGUUCGAGGCCCUGCACGAGCUGUUUCCCGCCUUCCCGGACGAGGUCUCCCUGGAGGCCCCAUCGAUCGCCCGGCACCUGAGCCAGGAGCAGCACUCCCUCGUGCGGCGCCGGCAGGCGGAGACCCGCACGCCGGGCGCCCCCGGUGCCGCAGAGGUCUCAGCCACCCCGACGGCCGGACCGAUGGAGGGAGAGAGCGGUUCGGUCCGUCUGGAUGACCUCGAUGGGACGUUUGAGGAAGUGAACGGUCGCCCUCAAAACGGCAGCUCAAAUGCGCAGAAUAGCCCUGAUUCUGAUCUUGGCGGUGAUGAAACGCGUUCCCCUACAGAGUUUACGAGCGUUCAACUGCCGGAACAACAAAGCGAUAUCGAUGUCAAUACAUCUCGAGAGAACGAAGACCCUGGCCAAAGCCUGUCAUCAAAUGAUGGCGUUCUACCUGCCGAAGUCGCAGCGGCGCUGCGCCAGGGGUUGGGUGACGAGAUCUUUGAGCAGCUAGUGUCGACGCUUGAUGUUAUGGACAUGGCUGACCGUAUGGGAUUGGAUCGGGACCUUGUCGAACAAGCUGGUCCACGUGCGGUUCCUGCCAUUGCCGCUACUCUGGUCUAUAGUCAACUCGAGCCGCGAGAUCAAAGUGUCGUAUUAGGGCUUGUUCAAGACCUACGUGAAGAAGGUUACGGUAGGUUAGCCUUUGAGUUGCGCGGUCUUGUCGCGAGUCAACUUACAAUUGGAGAACCUCACAACCGCUACAUUGAUUCUCGGCAGCCGAUUCCGCUAGCAGGGCCGGAAUCUCCCAAGCUUGACGCAGAAAUGGAGGCUCGGCUACGCGAUCUUGUAGGAGACAAGACAUUUGAACAGAUUUGGUACAGAGACGUCCACGGUAUGGCUAGGCUGAUGGAUAUCGACCCAAGUCUUGUUGAUGCGGCUGGUGCUGAGGGUGUGGCGGCGUUAGCAGCAACCGCAGCGUUUCGCCAGAUUCCGCAACGUGAUAGGAUUAUCGUCAACCGCGCGAUAGAGACGUUGCGUAGGUCUGGGCACGGCUAUCUGGCAUUUCAGCUACGCGGUAAAAUUGGCAGCCAGAGUUCGCUCGGGAAGGAGCACAAUCGCUACUCAAUGACGACUGAGGAGCUGAUUGCAGCCAACACAUUCGAUGAACGGGCGCUCGCUGUUGUAGAAGGCACGAUCCCUCUGCGCUUUCUUCAACUCCCUCCUCAUGUACGGGCGCCGGUUUUCGUGAUUCUGGCGGUGCUUCGAUACAAGCUGCGCAGCAGUAUUGCAGAACGUAAGUCGAUGAUUGAGGAGCGCAGACGCUAG